AUGGAACACAGUAAGAAGACUAGAAAUACUGGAGCAUGUUGCAGGGACGAGUCCAAAAUGGUUAGAUGCGCGGUGACUGCAAUGGAAAAGAUGAGGAAUUAUUUGUUGGAAACUUCUGUAUGUCAGGAUACAGAAAAUUCUAGCACUCAGGGGGAUUAUGAUUGCGCAACUAACUGCAACAAAUACACAACUGAAGAAUGUCCAUUUCGGGGCACCGGAAUGCCACCUAAUUUGUUGCAAACAUUCUGCACAAAUAAGAGGUUAGGAGUCGGCCGAUCGAGUCCAAACAUGAUUCGACUGCUGCCUGGUCAAGUUGGGGUAGCCGGUGACCGGGCUACGUUUCACCUUGGUCAAGUGAUGGCUAGAAGAAGGACCCGUUCAGUCAAGGCCGGUAACACCGAGAAAAAUGGCAAAUUGGCGAUACCGACGACCGCCGUUGUCGACCGGCCGACUGCCACGAAGUAUAUCAACAUUCAGCGCAAAAGGUCAAUGCAAGUUUUGCCCACAGUACCGGUGUCUAUCAAUAAUCCAGCGGUUGGUCCCGUCACCGGGCGGCCAGUGAAUGAUAAAGAGCACGUAUUUGUAUUGCGGCUAUCCAAGGUGUACGACGACCCUUCCGACGUCGCCUGCUUACAGGUUGAGAUGCGUCUACCCAACCCACCGAUAGCUUUAAAACGAAUAGAUGCUGAAACGCAAUUUAUAAACGAAGAAGUAACCGUGGUGUCCACCGGUGGAAAGAAUAAAAAGAAAUCGAAAAAGGGAUCAAGAAAAGGAUCGAAAAAGGGAUCAAGAAAAGGAUCAAAAAAGGGACCGAAAAAGGGGAAAAAAUGA